AUGGUAAGCAGUGUGAUAAAAGUUUGUCCUAAGGCUGAAGAACUAUCUGUGGUCCGAGUCAACAUUCCCUGCCCUGUAGACGGCUGUUCAAGUGUCCUACCUCAUGCUGGCUCUCUAAGCAUCCAUCUUUCUAAAACUCACAGAAUCACUGAGAAUUCAAAUGGAACUACCUCUGAGGAAAAAACCGAUGCAGAUCAAAAUGCCAUCAAACAAUACCAUUGCCCAGUGCAGAAUUGUGUGUACAAUGUUUUAUCAAAAAGACAUUUUACAUCUAAGAAACUACUCAAACAGCAUUACAUGAAACUUCAUGCAGACAAGAAACAUAAAUGUGCCAAGUGUGGACAGGGCUUUGGACUAGAACGAGACUGUCGGCGGCACCAACUAACAUGUGGCAUGAUAUUUCGUUGCAAAACCUGUGAUUGUCCUUUCAGCAAGAAAAAAAUCUCCUUUUGUAAUACCGCCUUUUUCUUUUCUUCUUUUCUUCUUUUCUCUUUUCUUUCUCUUUUCUUUUCUUCUUUUCUUUUCUUCUCUUUUCUUUUUUCUCUUCUUUUUUUUCAUUCUUUUUCUCUUCUCUUUUUCUUUUUCUUUUCUUUUUCUCUUCUCUUUUUCUUUUUCUUUUCUUUUCUUCUCUUUCUUUUUUUUCUUUUUCUCUUUUUCUUUCUCUUUUCUUUUUUCUCUUUCUUCUUUUCUCUUUUUCUUUUCUCUUUUCUUUCUCUUUUUUCUCUUUUCUUUUUCUUUUUUCUCUUUUCAUUUUCUUUUCCUUUUUUCUCUUUCCUUUUCUCUUUUCUUUUUUCUCUCUUUUCUUUUUUCUUUUUUCUCUUUUCUUUUUCUUUUUUCUCUUUUUUUCUCUUUUCUUUUUUCUCUCUUUUCUUUUUUCUCUCUUUUCUUUUUUCUCUCUUUUUUUCUCUUUUUCUCUUUUUUUUUUUUCUCUCUUUUCUUUUUUUUCUUUUUCUUUUUUCUCUCUUUUUUCUUUUCUUUUCUUUUUUCUCUCUUUUCUCUCUUUUCUUUUUUCUCUUUUAUUUUUUAUUCUCUUUUUUCUCUUUUCUUUUUUCUCUCUUUUCUUUUUUCUCUUUUCUUAUUUUUUAUUCUCUUUUUCUCUCUUUUCUUUUUUCUCUCUUUUCUUUUUUUCUCUUUUCUCUUUUCUCUUUUCUUUUUUCUCUUUUCUUUUUUCUCUUUUCUUUUUCCUCUUUUCUUAUUUUUUAUUCUCUUUUUUUAUUCUCUUCUUGUUUCUUUUUUCUUUCUUUUUUUCUUUUCUUUUUUCCAGAUAAGAUUGUUAAAUUUUGCUUAUUUUUUUUAAAUUUUUUUCUUUCAGAUCAAACUUCAGAAAUAGCAACUCCUAAUCAGUUAUUAACUGUUCCAUUUGAGAAAUCAACAUCUGCUGCAUCAGUUGCAUCUAGAAGCAUAAGCAUCCAAACAGAUCGUGAUAUGGCAGCAAAGAAUCACAUGACACUGACGUCAUCGGCAUCAUUAGAACCUGUGAUGCCAUAUCUCCACAACCCCAGUCACCAGAGGCCAAAAUAUUGUCGGAAUAUUGCACAAACCGACUGUACAUUUUUUGCCAAUCCAGGACGCAAAGUUAACAAACGCCUAUCAAAAAACCCAAACUAUUCCCUGCAAAAAUUCACAUCUUCUACUGGCAUCCAAACAGCUGUGAGCGUACCACCAGUGAAAAAGAAAUCCCACCACAAUAUGGUUGGCACCCAAACUGUUGGUGAUUAUAUUCUCACUACAGCCAUGUCAACAGCCCAGAUUCCUAUACAACGCAUUUCCCAGGGGUCACAAGUUAGCAAACAGAGAGCGCAAAAGAAUUACACAAUGGAGUCUAGUCAUACACAAACCAUGGAGAUGCAAUCACCUCGAUGGAAGAAAAGACGUCGGGCUUCGACCACACAGCAAGGAGAGCGAGACGAAAUAGCAAGCCCAGAAAAUGCAACAGACUUUCUUCUACUCAAAACAACAGGUACAACUGGAGAAGUGACUGACAACCACACCCAGACUAAUUUAUCUAACAGUGCCCCAGCCAUUUCUACUCAGACCCACAUGACCUGCCUCAUGAAUUCCUGGGCCAAUGAAAAAUCAGCAUCUGAAAAUUGUUCCGCAUUCAGCAGUCAACAAAGUACAGAGACCCAAACAAUCAGUUCGGUUCUACAACACAUGAUGGUCAAGAAUGUCGGUAGCCUCUAUCAGAUGCCCAGUGCUUAUGAACAACCACCUCAUCCACAGACAUUAUCAUUCUCUACACUUGAUUCUAAUGACUCGACUAAUGACAAUACACCUUGUAAUAAUGACAUAGUUGGCACCAAAUCUCUUCUUGAGGAUAACAUGGAGUCCACAAUGCAAACAGAACCUGCAAUAUGUUUAAUUUAUUCCUCUCUAACUCCUGAGCCUGUUCCUACCAGUCUAGCUAGCCAAGAGUCUCCCAAUUCCUAUCCUUCAUUCGCAGCCAACCUCAAUCAGGAUGUGGAUGAUAGUAACUGUACCAGUUUAUUAAACACCCUUACCAGCCAUCAUACCAAUAACAACUAUGAGUGUGAAAGUACAACUCUUGAACCUUCAAUUUCUCAGAGCCAAUCGCCAGUUUCGGAUCCCGGCAAAGCUAAAGAGAUUGUAAAUGAGACAAGUACCAAAUUACCAUUUAGAAGCUUCAUUGGCCAGAACCUUAAAAAUUCUGAGUGUUCUUUAACCAGUUUCUCCAGUACGAAUUCUCAAAGCAGUUCUUUCCAUGGUUUGGAAUCAAUUGCAAGCCAGGAACCAGAAGAAGACAAGAGAAAACAUCCUGUGCAUAAUAGUAGCAAUGGUAGUUUGUUGUGUUCCCUAGUAAAUAAAGAUCCGAUCUUAAGCAGUAAUGCAACUUUUUCGGAUAUUGGGGACUCUAAUGACGAGCUAAAUUAUGCUCAGAUGGGACCCUUUGACAAUGAGCGCCAUUUUGCAUCAACUGGUACCUCCCCCUUGGAUAUCACGGAUUCGUCAUUGUUAACUUUUGAAAAAGGAAUUGGUACAGCAGACAACAAUGGCAAUACUGACAGUUUCCUACUUCGGCCCUCAAAAGCUGAAACUGAUGCAAGUAAACUCGAUCGUCAGCAUUCCAAUAUUAACGACAUUACUAAUAAAUCGUUUUUCCAUUCUCUGGGGAACGCCACAGAAACUCAUUCCCAAUCUAGCAAAGUAUAUAUGAAUUCUUCCAUGAACACGGAAUCUAAUGCCUCCAGCGAUCAUUUAUAUCUGAACAAUUCUCAUGUUGGUUCUGCCAGUAACAGAAAUAAAUUAUUUAAUAACGAUAAGGGUGUUGCUACUGAUCCUUGCAGUAGCCAUUAUCUUGGUCUGCCCUCAUCAGCAGAUAUGUACAAUGUGUCCAGUAAUGUACUGACUGGCAGCCCUGAGAGAAGAACUAUUUCCACGUGUAUGGAUGACCUCCUCGAUCAAAGUAGAUUAACGUUAUCAAAUGCCAGCUGUAGUUCCUUAAUUUCCACACAAUUUGCACCGCUUGUAGCCGAUACCGAGGUUCAAACACUCGCUCUGGACAAUGACUUUGAAGCUCUGUUGAAUAACUCCGAACAUUCUCGCUCUUCCUCAUCUGUCAUUGACAUGUAUACGCAAACCGUUGAGGACAUGCUGGACCUGUUUGGAAACACUACAGAGACACAGACAACAGUUGAUGAUACGUUCUUCCCUGGGCUGGAGUUCUCGGACAUUGAGACACAGACAACUGCUGGCGAGCUUGACUGCUUAGAGAAUCGCAGUCUCAUCACUGCAGGCACGCAGACUACACUGUCCAACCAGAACUUGAAUAGAGAUGUUGAAUUCUCAGAUAUGGAGACUCAAACAGGUUUCAAUGUGUGCGACCUGGACACUUUUCUUACAGACUCUCACACCCAAACAACAUUUGAUGAACUGGAAGAUUUUCUUAGCGGUCUCAACUCACAAGUUUAA